AUCAUGAUCCUUGCCGUGUUGUUCGCAAACUCCGUAGGAAACGUUCUGAUCGAAAGGUUCAAUGGAGUGCCAGCUGAGGAACGCCUGACCUGGCGAUCUUUCUUGGUUAAAUUAGGAGCUGAGAAUCUCAAAGGCGUUAAAAACGAGGAGCUUCUUGUCGCCUGCCACAAGUCGGUUUAUAUAGUGUACACAAUGUUAGGGGAUGUUAGCAUCUUCCUUGUCGGUAAAGACGAGUACGAUGAACUUGCUUUGGCGGAAGCUAUCUUUAUCAUAACAGGGGCUGUGAAAGACAUAUGUGGGAAGCCUCCAACGGAGAGAGUGUUUUUGGAUAAAUACGGGAGGAUUUGUUUGUGUCUUGAUGAAAUCGUUUGGAAUGGACUUUUGGAGAACACUGACAAAGAUAGGAUCAAGCGACUCAUUAGAUUGAAACCUCCUUCUGAGUUUUGAUUUUCCCUCCAAGUCUAACUACUCACACAUUCUGCUUCUAGUCUAUUAAUCAAUAUGUUCUCUGUCAUUUGUUGAAACUUGAAUCACUUCUUUCUAUCAAAUACUUUACUAUUCGAUACUGUUGUUGUUUGAUUGAUCAGACAUAAAGCAAUUUAGUGUGGUGAUGGUUAUUGAAUCUUAACUUGAACAUUUUCG